AUGUGCAUGACUCGCCUGGGCGCUCCCACACCGCCCACUCCACCAGCUAGUCCUCUCUGCUUUGGUCUGCAGCAACAACAUCACCAACAUCAUCAUCACCAUCAGCCGCCGCAAACUCUGGGCACCCAACAGCAGCAGCAGCAGGCCAGUCAGCACCGCCGAACGGGUAGCAGCAAUUCGGUGAGUUCAGCUCUGAGCAAAGGUGGUGCCGUCCAAAUGAGCAGCGCCGUCGAGGGCACCACCGGUGGCAGUCAUCGUCAUCAGCGAAGCAGCGCCUGUGCUUCUGCUGCUGGCGCUGUCACGGGGCCACAGUGCGAGGCAGCAGUGGCAGCCGCUGCAGCCGCAGCCGCAGCCUCCAUCGCUGCAGCACAAUCAUCGUCGGGCAACCCGAAACGAGUGGAGCCAGGCGGGAAGAAGCGAGGCUCCUCCAGUCAGGGCAAUCGACAGUCAGCAGCCUCAAGCAGGAGCAAGAAAGUGGCAAUUGCCGUGACAGGGUCGGCAGUGCCUGCUCCAGCCACUGCUGAGGCGACGGCGGCAGCCAUUUCCUCAACGCUGAUCGCUAUGACUGUGACGCCACAGCAGGAGAGCACGACCAGUGCCAACCACCACCACCACCAGCACCAGCACCAACAGCAGCAACUGUCCGCCCAGUCGGCAUCCAUUGUGGAGGAAGAAGUGGACUACAAGGUGGAUGGAUCUGUCAAACCGCCCUACUCCUAUGCGACGCUCAUCUGCAUGGCGAUGAAGGCGAAUCGAAAUAAGAUGACCCUCAGCUCGAUCUACAAAUGGAUCAAGGAGAACUUUCUCUACUACCGCAAUGCGGACCCCAGCUGGCAGAACUCAAUUCGGCACAAUCUGUCACUGAACAAAUGCUUCAUCAAGGUGCCGCGCCAAAAGGAUGAACCAGGCAAGGGUGGCUUCUGGAAGCUCGACCCCGUCUACGAGGACUCACUAGUCGACGGAGUCUUCAAGAAGAAACGACCCAACAGUGGCGGCGGCGCCGGCAAAGGUGCUUCGGCUGUCAGUGCUGCAGCGGCGACUGGUGCCGCAACCAACGCCAAUGGAGAGGCCAAAGUGAACAAGAAAAAGAGUCGCAAGAAGAGCUCCCUUUCGGAGAAUGAGACAAUCAACUAUAUAGAUGUUAUCAAGGUACAGCAGGAAACGCCGCCUAGCUCGGCAGAGUCGUACAGCUACAAAGAGUCUGCCAAUUUGGUGGACUGUGAGGCGGGCAGUCUGGUGCACGGAUACGCCACUGAGGUGUGCAUCAGCGGAGCCACCGCCGCCGGCGACUGUCUGAUCGAGUCGGACGGCAAUGACAUCUGCUGGAAUGCCAUCCUCACCGAAGCGGACCUCAACGACCUGGUCGACCCGUACUCAGUGGAUUCGGUCUCGCAGAUCAUUCCGCAGAUCACCGAGGCAGAUCUGACAGGCGGUGGCGGUGGCUCACAGAAGAACGGCUGCACUUCCACGACGGCACAGCUGACUGCCGUCGAGCCGCACGAUCUGGACAUGAUCGCCAGCAGUGGUCUGCUCGAGGACCAGCAGCUCUUCUACCACUCGAAUGCCCUGCAGGGCAUCACCUUUGAGACGGCCCACUCCAGCAAUGUACUGACGGCCACCUCCAACGUGGUCACCUGCAUCAAUGACGCCAACAUGACGGCACAGUGGAGUGCCUGGCCGCAGUACGGUCACACCGUCCACACUGACACUGCCACUGCUGCAGACGGGGCAAUGUCACUGGACUGCUGCGGUGGGAAUGCUGCUAUUGUAGGCAGUGCUGGUGGUGGUAGUAAUGCUGAUGGUGGUCGCACUGAGGCUGAGUUGAUUCUCAGCCAACUCGACCACGAUUCGUUGUCGGUGGCCACCAGCAGCAGUCCACAGCAGACGGUCUCCUACCUGAACAGCAACGGCACAACCACCCUGAUGACCAUCAACUCGGCGCCGCUCACACUGAACGCAGUCAGCAAGCAACAACAGCAGCACAUUCUCUCUGCAUCCACUGCAGUGACAGCAGUGCCCAUGAACAGCUGCAGCUCACUGGCAGUGACCAGUCCUCUCGAUGGGGGCGUCUCGAUGAUGAACAGCAACUCGGCCAGUCCGACCAACUUCGAGACUCACAGCAGCUCACACCAGCAAUGGCAGAAGAAUCAAGUUGAUAUGGAGAAGUGGGUCAAAUCACUCAGUUGUGCCUCCUAUGACUACCUAAAGAUGGUCGUUUCAGAGCUACAGCAUCGACUUGAUGAGUUAAACGCGCUUAAGCUGCGCGACUCAAUGAUCACUAGUGAGAUCAAAAAGGAAACUUCCCCUGAAAGUGUCACUUCAUCACGCCGCAUCAACCCGUUUGACUGCGUAGAACAAGAACCCGUACAGACGGUCACAUUUCUAGACUUACAUGAACAGUACGGAAGAGUUAUGCGAAAGUAUUUUCGCUCAAUUGAAGAGGUGCAGGCCAAAAAGAAUGCUGAAAGCAGCAGUUCAUAA